AUGGGUCAGAACUGGACUCUGUCGUGUGGACCGGGACAGGUCCUGGAGUUGGACCAGUUUCACCUGGUUCCAGAGCAGAAGCAGAGCAGUGCCCCGUGUGGACAUGGAGGAGUACUGCGCCUCCUGCAGGCGUUGUGCAGCGGACGUUCAUUCUGUCGUCUGCCUGUGUUCUCUCUAUCUCACCUGUGUGUGACUCCGCCCACUACCAUGCACACUGCCACGCCCACUGCCACGCCUACUGCCACGCCUACUGCCACGCCUACUGCCACGCCUACUGCCACGCCCAGACUGGAGUACCACUGCCGCACAGAGCGCACCAUCUUGCUGCUCUCUUGCUCCUCUGGAAGUCGAUCCUUCUCGCCUCAGACCUGCAGCGCCCUCUCUGGACACCCCUUGUAUCUGCAGGUGUACACAGCUGCUGAUGUAGAUGUGUGGGUCACUGCCAGGGCUAACCACUCUGCUAAUGCUAAUGUUAGCAGCCAUGCUAACCUGAGCGGCCAUGCUAACGUGACUCUGCCUGCUCUACUUCUGCGGAGCCUGGGCCCCGGGUGCCAGAGUCUGCAGCUCCACGCUCGGAACAGAAACACCCUGAGAGACGAGACGGAGCCGAUCCAGGUACAGCUGCAAGACUGUCUCCUCCACAGCUGCAGGACUGCUCCUCCACAGCUGCAGGACUGUCUCCUCCACAGCUGCAGGAGGACUGUCUCCUCCACAGCUGCAGAGGAGAAGGACUGUCUCCUCCACAGCUGCAGGAGGACUGUCUCCUCCACAGCUGCAGGAGGACUGUCUCCUCCACACCAGCUGCAGCUGAGGACUGUCUCCUCCACAGCUGCAGGAGGACUGUCUCCUCCACAGCUGCAGGAGGACUGUCUCCUCCACAGCUGCAGGAGGACUGUCUCGUCUCCUCCGUGCACAGCUGCAGGAGGACUGUCUGCAGAGGACUCCACAGCUGCAGGAGGACUGACUGUCGACCUCCGCAGCUGCAGGAGGACUGUCUCCUCCACAGCUGCAGGAGGACUGUCUCCUCCACAGCUGCAGGAGGACUGUCUCCUCCACAGCUGCAGGAGGACUGUCUCCUCCACAGCUGCAGGAGGACUGUCUCCUCCACAGCUGCAGGAGGACUGUCACCUCCACAGCUGCAGGAGGACUGUCUCCUCCACAGCUGCAGGAGGACUGUCUCCUCCACAGCUGCAGGAGGACUGUCUCCUCCACAGCUGCAGCUGCAGGAGGACUGUCUCCUCCACAGCUGCAGGAGGACUGUCUCCUCCACAGCUGCAGGAGGACUGUCUCCUCCACAGCUGCAGGAGGACUGUCUCCUCCACAGCUGCAGGAGGACUGUCUCCUCCACAGCUGCAGGAGGACUGUCUCCUCCACAGCUGCAGGAGGACUGUCUCCUCCACAGCUGCAGGAGGACUGUCUCCUCCACAGCUGAAUAAACAUUUUCAUUAUGGCCUCAGAGAUGUUGUUUCCCUCCAGGUGUGCGUGGUGCAGCCUGUGUCCCAGCUCCAGGCCUCUCUCCUGGGCACAGACCCUCCAGACCUCCCCCUGACUCUGGGCCUCUCUGUGGAGCAGGGGACUCCGGCUCAGGUCUGGGUCUACCUCCUGACCCUGAACCAGUCCUUCCUGCACACCAGAGUUCUGACCAGGACUCAGCAGGUCUUCAGCUUUGAUCACAGGGCGCCAGAUGUGCAGGAGGUCAGGGUGACAGCGGUGAACGGGUUUUCAGAGUCACACACCGAGAUCAGUGUGUGUCCCCGAAACUCCAGCAGAACCAUGUGUGUCCACAACAGCACCAAGGGCCGUGUGCGUGUGACCAGGUCCCCUGGUAUCUCUGCCUCCCCUUCAGCUGUAGUAUUUGACAGGAGCCAGCCGGUGGUGUUGUCUGUGAAUGGAGGAGAUCUGAAAAACCGAAAGAGGGAGUGGAAAUGUGUUUUCCCGUGUAAAUGUCCGGUUACGAUCCUGCACGAUGCGAGCGACAUGAUGAUUGAUGAGUUCAUCAUCACGGCCGACUGUCUGCCCGAGCCGCUGCACUUCUACAAAUACCAGUUCACUUUGUUCAAGCAGGGCAAUGACAAGAGAGCAGAAGUGUGUGUGGGCAUGGACGCUGUGGUUAGCACCACGCUGAGUGUGACCUGCACCAGGGGCUGCUCUGGGGGGUCAGAGGUCAGUCUCCAGCUGGAGUGUGAUGUCACAUGUCCAAGCACAUGGAAGUGGAACAUCAAGGACUACAACAACAACGAACUGUGGACGACUGAGACUCGCAGCUGCUACGAGGACGAGAAGACCCAACCUUUGAUCCAGAAGCAGGACCGUGGCCCGACCUUCCAGGUGCUUCAGUACUGGAUCACCGAGGCCCGAGGGAAGGGGAGAGACCUGUGGGUGGUGCUGACGACCGGUGAGGAGCUCGGAGGUGGACCCCCCCUCAGCGACCACAACCACCCCCCCCUCAGGGACCACGACCACCCCUCCCUCAGGGACCUCAACCACCCCCCCCUCAGCGACCACGACCACCCCUCCCUCAGGGACCACGACCAUCCCUCCCUCAGCGACCACAACUACCCCUCCCUCAGGGACCACGACCACCCCUCCCUCAGGGACCUCAACUACCCCUCCCUCAGGGACCACGACCACCCCCCCCUCAGGGACCUCAACCACCUCCCCCUCAGGGACCACGACCACCCCUCCAUCAUGGACCACAACCAGCCCCCCCCCAGCUUCAGCCCCCCCUGUGGCCAGUGCAAGUACUGCUACAGAACCACCUCAGGUCGGGAGCUGGGGUGUGGUUCUGACCCGGUCACUUCCCUCUUCCUGCCACUGGGGGACGCUGCUCUGAACUGGAUGGUGUCUGUAACCGUGACGGCUGCGAGCAGUGACUACACGGCGACAGCCUUCACCUCCGCUCAGGUGAAAGGGCUCCCUGUGGACUCUUCGUCUCUGGACUUGGUCUUGGACUCUCUGCAGACCUCUUUAGACCUGAUCCAGACCCAGUCCCUGCUCAGUCCUGAGGCUCUGGGGACUCUGGUCCAGUCUGUGGGGGAUCUGCUGAAGACACAGAAAGAGGGGGCAUCCCUGGAGCAGAGGACCGAGUUUCGUGAGAGGGUUUUGGACCUGCUGCUGGAGAAGUCUUCACUGGCUCAUAGUCCAGACCAGAUCCAAGACCUGGUCUCUGGUCUGAACUCUAUGAUCCAGGCCGGAGAAGAGCUCUCCACCACUGCACUGACCUCAGCUCGGCACUGGCCCAGGUCUCUGUUGGUGCUGAGUCCAGACCCAAAGUGA